UAUAUAAUUCUGUCUCUUAACUCCUUCAGAUCGAGUUGUCUUGGUUUAACAGACAACCAGAAACGUUGGCUUGUUGGUGGAAUAGUACUCAACAAGGUUCUCAUACCAAAGAUCCGUCCUUUCGUAGAACAAGAAAUUGAUAAGGAAUACACCAAUCUUAGGACAAGCCACAAAAUUCAUACACAGAGUUCCUCUGGUCGUCUUCAAAAGUGGCCAAAGUUUUUGAAGUAUGAGAAUGUUAAUAAGAAUGACCUUCUUCCAAAGCUUCCAGGUGGGAAAUGGAACUACUCCAAGUUUGACUGCAAAGUAUUGUCUCACAUUGACUUUGCAAAGUUGUUCGUUGAAAAUUUCAUGGCCAAGUUUAACGCCUUCGAUGACCAUUGUGAUGCUUCAGCUGUACUGACAUUGCUUGGGAGUGUUCCUGUGUUCUUAGGCCCUGUGCAGACUGCUGCUGGUGUUGUAAGAGGUGCAAGGAAUGACUGGGCGCACUGUGUGUUCAGUAAAUGGGACCUCGUCAAGUUUCAGCAGGUCUUUAUUGAUAUGACUUAUCUUGUAACAACCUUGGGUUUACCAGCUGCAGAUGAAGCAAAGCUUCUUGGAGAACUGAAAGACUGGGAAACAAAAGGUAAGGAACUAUUGACCACACAAAGUUAUGAUGAUUAAGUCAGCAUCUACAAACGAACUUGACAGCGAGUAGUCACCAAUUUCGUCCUGUUAGGAAUUAUGGUCACCUGAUGACUAUACACCACACAGACUAGAUUAUGUAACGAGAAUUUAAUGGCUACAUUGGUCCGCUAAAUCCAGUGGCCGCCGUUGAAAGCUUUUAAAGCCGUUCAGUUUAUGAAUGAGCUUUACAAAAUUUGAAGCAAUGCGUUUGAAAAAUUUGUCUCCAACUUGUCAACCUACGUUUGUUGGCAUUUUUACAUGUAAUUUAGACAUUCAGUUUUUGGUUUGGCAUUUGCUCCGAUAGGGAUAUAAAAAGCUUGGCUUCGCCUUAAGUUGAGCACUACAAUGCGUUAUUGUUUCAAGAAGUUUUCCUUGUGGUAUUUUGGGUGGUUUAAAAGAUUUUUUUCCACUGCAAAAAUUAGGUGUCAUUUCUAUGACUGUUAAAUCGUAUCACGUCACAGUUGGUUGGAGCGGCGUUGUUUCACACGGUCAUUUACUAGCGGUUGAAGUUUGUUAAAGAUCAGAGGACUAAACCUUUGUUAUCAAGAACAUUGUUCCCUUCGACUGAAAACUUUAAUUUAUAAUCCGUCAGGAUAGUAAUAGCUUAUGAGAAAAAUAGUUCCCAAUAUAUCCCAUUCUCUUGAUCUAGAAAAAUUUUUUUUCUAGAUGAUUAUUUUCAAGUCUAAACAAUUUUUGCUUUCAUUGCUUCUUUUUAAGGUACGUGCCUCUGCAUGAACUCACCUGUGGAUCAACAUUUGCUUCAGCUGGUUCAACAAGACAUAAAGUCACUAGAAGAUGCUGUGGAAAAUAUGUCAGAAGAAUCAGAGAAAGAAAAGAAGAAAGUUCGUGACGAACUGCAGAAGUUUUGGACCACUUUAGAGGACAUGAAGCUUAAAGUGGAACUGGUUGAAAAUAAAAUUGAUGUUGUCGAAAACAGAGUUGUUGGUGUUGAAAACAAAGUUGGUGUUGUUGAAAACAGAGUUGAUGAUGUUGAAAACAAAGUUGAAAGUUUUGAAAACAAAUUUGAUGGUGUUAAAGACAGAGUUGAUGGUGUCCAAAGUAGAGUUGAUGGUUUUGAAAUCAGAGUUGAUGUUGUUGAAAACAGAGUUGAUGGUGUUGAAAACACAGUCGGUGGUUUUGAAAACAAAGUUGAAAGUUUUGAAAACAGAAUUGAUGGUGUUGAAAACAGAGUUGGUGAUGUUGAAAACAAAGUUGAUGGUUUUAAAAACAAAGUUGAAAGUUUUGAAAACACAUUUGAUGGUGUUGAAAACAGAGUUGAUGGUGUCGAAAGUCGAGUUGAUGUUGUUGAAAACAAAGUUGAUAGUGUUGAAAACAAAUUUGAUGGUGUUGAAAACAGAGUUGAUGGUGUCGAAAGCAGAGUUAAUGAUGUUGAAAACAAAGUUGAUGGUGUGGAAAACAGAUUUGAUGAUGUUGAAAACAAAGUUGAUGGUGUUGAAAACAGAGUUGAUGGUGUUGAAAACAGAGUUGAUGAUGUUGAAAACAAAGUUGAUGGUGUUGAAAAGAGAGUUGAUGAUGUUGACAACAAAGUUGAUGGUGUUGAAAACAGAGUUGAUGAUGUUGAAAACAGAGUUGAUGGUAUUGAAAACAAAGUUGAUGGUGUUGAAAACAGAGUUGAUGGUGUUGAAAACAGAGUUGAUGAUGUUGAAAACAGAGUUGAUGGUUUUGAAAACAGAGUUGAUGGUGUUGAAAACAGAUCCCAUGGAAUAGAGAACAUAGUUGAUGGUGUUGAAACCAGAGUUGGCAGAGUUGAGGGAACUGUAUCUGAACUGAGAGGUAUAUAUUUAAUGACUUGAAUUUUUUGUUGACUAAAUUUUGCACGUAAUUUAAGAGAGCAUGGGAUACAUAAGAGGUUAAAACAGACUUAAUUUUGUGAAUACAUUUUCAUUAAGUUAUUAAGUAGUUCCAUUGCAGUUUCAGAUGUGCUUAGAUUUAUUUUGGACAGCUGUCAUGUACAUUUUAAAUUUUCUUUCCAGUGUCAGUCCAAACCACAAGCGGCAGAGUGGAGAGCCUGGAGGACGAGUUACGAAAAAAUUGUGAAGAAUUGUUAAAGCGUACAAAUUCAGGUAGACUUUUCCUUUUGAAGCUUAAAAUUGAACUCUAUUUAGUAAUAAUAUAAAUACUAUUCUUUAGCUGAGCAUGUUAUGGAGAAGUUUUUAGGGCAGAAAUUUUACACGAAAUAACGUCUUGAAAAGCACUUUUGUUUCGUUUCAAAAAAAAAUUACAAAAAUGACCAAGCUUGCAUUUUGCAAUAGCGUAAAUAAGUUGUCCGUCUCUGCCUAUUCGGAUGUAUUAAAUUGACAACAAACUCUAUGGAGUUAAACGUUUGGCAAAUGAGGUUGUGAGGUCCUCCCCCCCCCAUGGAAACCAAGUAAUUACAAUGUUUAUUUGCCAUCGAUCCUUUUAUAAGUACAAAUUAACAUGGAUUUGUGUGGUCGUGUAUGUGAACAAGGUUUGACCAGGAGUAAAAACCUGAUCUCAAAAAGGUAGCGGUUUGAGAAAAAAUCCAAAAAACAGAUGCGGGGAUUCGUAAACAUGAUUUUCUUGUUUCAUCCCCACCACACAUCGCAUAUAGACAUGGUGGAAGACUGUUUCAAUUUUCACCAAGGCCCCGCUGUUAUGGCAAAAACCCGUCGCGGCCGGAUUGAAGGCUCACCCUCCCAGCCGAGUAAACUUUAGCGAGCGUUUAUAUGGGUGAAAAGUUGACCCUUUGCCCGAUCCAAAGGGGCUAGGGCAUGCGGUGAUUGUCUCAGCGUGACUAAGUUGACUUGGCUGGGCGAGCCAAAGUAUUUAUUUGGAGAAAAGAUGAGUUGGGUGAUGGUUCAAUAUGGUUUAUUUCAUAUAUUAAUUCAGUGGUAAGCAGUGGUCAAGACGAUGAAGGUCUUUCAUUAUUCUUUUUAGUCCUUGCAGUAGGAUCCGUAUAUUUCGAUAAAGGUACACUGCACUGAAUGAAACACUUCCUUUUCUUCUUAAGGCACGCAGAUUUUGCUCGGUCAACCUAGUCUACCACCAAAUGCCUGUGAAUUUAUUGGCCGCGAGAGAGAGAUCAAAGAGAUUGCGAGCCACUUGAAAUCUCCAUUAACUCGAGUCGUUUCCAUCUAUGGCCCACCAGGAUCUGGCAAAUCUGAGGUUGCAAUAGCAGUGGGUCAUAAUCUCAAAUCUGAGGGAAAGGCCAUUUACCACAUUAAACUUACUGACGUCAACACAGAGGAUGACCUAAUAUCAGCAAUUCUGCGUUUUUUUAGCGACCAAUCGCUGGGACCCCUGCAGCCGCUCGAUUUCCUGUUAAAACAGUUUAGUUUAAUUUAAGAUUCUGUUUCGCCUUUUUUUACUCUAGACAACGCCGACAGCUUAUUGCAAACAAAGAAAUCAAGAGACCGCUUUUUGAAAAUAAUUAAGCAAAUUAUAAUGAGUUGUGCCAGUGUAAAAAUCUUGGUUGCUACCAGAGAAUCAUCUGAGUGUAGAAAACUAAAACCGCUAGGGCAAAAGUUAGUAAGAAUAGGAUCUGUUGACAACGUAUUUUCUCAGAAACUAGUGCAGAAUUGCUUUCCUGAAGGUUGCGACAGAGACUGGAGGAAAGUCGCGCUGUUUUGCGGACAUAUGCCUUUUGCUAUUAGACUCUUUUGUAACAACAUGCCCCGAAAUGAGUUGCCGUUAAGCCAAGCCAUAGACAACUUUAUCAGUUUGAUUGAAAGUGAUCUAUCUCUUAACCUACUAGUUCUGCUCGAUCUUCUUCUCUUUGACUUACGAUAGAACCUUACAUCAUACCAGAUACUCUCUCCCGAAAACAAAGAAUUUUACGUAUCAUUGUCCGUGAUUCCUGGCUUGUUUCAUGAGACGGUUGCCGCAACUGUGUGGGGAAUAUCAACGCAUGAUGCUCAACGGACGCUGCAAAGUCUUCAGAGAAAGUCGCUUAUAGAUUCUUGCGUUGAAUCCAAACCAUACAAAGUUCACAAUAUUUUUCGCUUGUUUGCACGGCAAAAAGGAGCACGAGAAAUGAAUGAGGUCAUUGUAAGGUCGACAACGCGUUUUAUACAAUUCUAUACUGCGCUUUUCGCUGAGCUUAACGAUGGCUUUCUUUCUGGACAGUCUGUGUCAGCUUUCAUAGACUUCUACGAAGACAAACAAAAUAUCAUGUCAAGUUUAAUCAACGGUUGUUUAAACUUUUCAACACGCGACAGUUGUUUUGACGGCUUGACUAAGGGGAUGUUGUUUAUGGACGCUGUUUUAUGGAGCGACCGAGCCUCUUUCAACAGGAUCUAUGAUACAGCUAUAACUGAGGCAAAGCAGAGUACAGAUUCAACUGCAUACAAUGAGUUGGUUCUUGCAAAAACAUUCAGUGAAGUAACAUGGGGAACAGAAGAAGUGGAAACAAAGCAGCUGCAAUGUAGUACAAAAGAGGUUCUGUCCUGCGAUUCAGAUGAGCAGAAAGGAAAACUAUUAUGCUAUCUUGGCAUCCACAAGCUCGCGAAUGGACAAAUCAAGGAUGGUGUUAAACGUUUGGAAAACUCUCUUGCAUAUUUGAAAAACAUAGGUGACCCAAUGCAGAAGAUCCUAAGGAUCCUCACUUUGCAGAUUCUUGAGCAAUAUUAUGAAUCAAAACAAAUAGUUGAUAAGGCGGCCACAUUUUUCGAAAAGGCAAAAAAGGAAUGUGGAACAGACGAGCAACAAGGCCUUUUUCUCAUUCCCAACAUACCAGACAAAAACGCUAAGAUCAAAGAAAACAAACGGAGGAUCGCUAAUGAAGAAAAUCGGCCGCUUGAGUUGGAGAUAUACUUUCUUUUAACCAAGGCAACAAAAAUGUUCCCCUCUGCCAAAACAAUGGAAUUAUUUGAACGAGAAGUUACCAAAAUGAAGAAAGAAAUGGAGCAAAAAUGCAACUCAGAAGACAGUCUAAAAGUAGGUUCACUGUAUAUCCAUCGGUUUGUUGUUAGUGUGCUCGCAGAGAUGACCAGAUACAAAGAAGCAAUUGAAUCAAUUCAGGCUGCAAUACGUCAUCAGGAAAAUGUCAUUUCAAUGGUUGAACACAGCAAGGAGACGCAGAAAGAGGAAUUGGCGAGAAGCUACUCCUACCUUGCCGUCCUUCAAUUCCGCUAUCAAGAUUACAGUUCAAGCCUCAGGUCACAAAGGCGUGCAAUGGACAUUAAAAGAGAGAUUUUUGAUGAACAGCAUCCAGAUGUCGCCGACAGUUACCACGAAUUUGCGAUCAUCUCCAGGACUAUAGGAGAUUGCGAUUCAGCUUUACAGUUUCAAAAGCGUGUUCUUGAGAUUCGUUUAAAUCUUGCUGAACAAAACCCUUUGAACGUGGCCGCCAGCUAUCAUGAAUUAGGGGUUACGCAGUGCAAAAUGAAAGACUAUUCCUCUGCGUUGCGGUCACAUGAGAGUGCGCUUACAAUAAGAUUGGAGAAUCUUGGUACAAAACACAGAGACACCGCCAGCAGUUAUCAUGAGUUAGGAGUUACACAGUGGUAUCUGGAGAAAUACCAGUGCGCUCUUGAUUCGCAUCAGAACACACUAAGGAUCUUACUUCAUGUCAUGGGAGAACAUCCCAGAGCAACAGCAGACAGCUACCACGAAAUUGGCAAGACUUAUUUCUGUCUAGGAGAUAACCGCGCAGCUCUUCAGUCGCACCUACGCGCAUUUCGUUUGAGGUUAGAAGUAUUAGGUGAGCAGCACACUGACACUGCCAACAGCUGCUGUGAAAUUGGGGUCACGCAGUUUGAAAUGGGAUGGUAUGCCUCCGCUCUUCAGUAUUUCACUCGCGCACUGAACAUGAGACAGACAAUGCUUGGCAACUCGCCGCAUUCAGAGGUUGCUCAAAGUUUCUAUCAGUUAGGACGCGUGCAAUGUCAGAUGGAAAACUUUGACGAGGCUGUCAAUUCUCUUAGCCGAGCACUUUCGAUUAGGAAAGGUCUAAAGCAAGAACAAGACCUUGAAGCAGCCGAAGUUUAUCACGAAUUAGGGAGGGCGUUUAUUCACAAGGAAGACUUCACAUCAGCGUUUGAAAUGCAUCAGCUUGCUCUUGGAAUCCGCGAGAGUGAAAUGGGUGAAGCACACGCAUCAGUAGCCGACAGUCUCUUUCAGCUGGGUCUGGUAGAGUGGGAACAAGGGAGACAUGAGGAGUCACUUCAGCUGCAUCGAAGAGCAGCGGAUAUUAGGGAGAAAUACUUUGGCAAGAAGCACCAUAGAACGGCCGAAAGUUAUUUCCAGCUUGGGCUGAUGCUUUCUGAGUUGGAACGCCACAGUGAAGCCCUAACAUUACACCAACAGGCACUAGAAAUAAGGCAGAAAUGGUUGGGUUAUUAUAUGCACAGCUCAUUAGCUGAAAGUUACCUCGAGACAGGCUGCGCCUUAAUUAACGUUGGUCAGUUCGGUUCUGCGUUCAGUUCAGUUGAGAAUGCUCUGACGAUAAGGACUCGGAUAGUGGCACAAGAAGAAGGGGAGGUAGCCAACUUGCCCCAUGAAAAGAAAGUGAAGGAAUUACUAUUGCAAGAUCACCAAUCAUCUCUUCAGUUGUACAAGCGUGUAUCGACGAUUAUUCAUGAUCAUUCUUCAAGUGUUCGCUCACAGAAUAAUUCACUAAAGGAGCUACUUGGUAGAUUUGAGGGCCAACUAACAAAAAAAGCCAGCUGUUACUUUGACGUUGGUCAGGAAGAGUUCAAUAGAGGUAAAUUGGAAGCAGCCCUUCGUGCACACCAGCGAGCCCUGAAUUUUAGAGUGAUGCUACUAGGUGAGAACCACAGAGAUACAGCCUCCAGCUUCGUCUUAAAAGGAAACGUGCACUUUGAAAUGAGGGACUAUACUCAAGCUUUGAAAUCACACCAGAGAGCUCUUGAAAUAAGACGUAAAAUACUCCUGGAUAAUCAUCCUCACACAGCUGACAGCUAUGCUAACGUUGGAGUCGUACAAAAUGCAUUAGGACACUAUACUUCAGCCCUUCAAUCAUUCCAGCGAGCACUUGAAAUAAGACGUAAAACAGUUGAGGAGAACUACCUAGCCAAUGUGGACAGCUAUAGAGGCAUUGGAAUUGCACAUCGGGGAUUGGGAAACUUUGAUUCAGCGCUUCAGUCAUUUCAGCAAGCUCUCAAAAUUGCCCACGAAAAACUUGGGGAUAACCACCCAGAAACAGCUAACUGUUAUGAAGACGUUGGGAACACCUUGGGAGACGACACUUUAGCCCUCCUGUUCAACAAGCGAGCUCUUGAAAUAAGACGUGGAAUACAUGGGGAGAAGCACAUAGACAUAGUUUCCAGCCAUAAUAGCAUUGGAAUUAUACAUCAUCGUAUGGGAAACUAUACUUUAGCCCUUCAGUCAGGCAAGAAAGCACUCAAAAUGGGCCGUGACCUCAAUGGGGAUAACCACCCAGACACGGCUGUUUUGUACUUGAACAUUGGGGUCACACAAGGUUUAGUGAGAGACUAUACUUCAGCAAUUCAGUCAUUCCAGCAAGCACUUAAAAUAAAGAAAGAAAGCCUUGGGGAUAACCAUCCAGACACAGCUGAACUCGAGCUUUAUCUUUUAGUAACUCAAUUAGGAGAAGCAGCACAAGGACUUGCUCCGAUUUCCAAUUUACGCCAGCCGGUACUCAGAAAGAGGCUUAUGAAUAACAAUCCAGACGCAGCUAUCAGUUACAAUGUCUCUGGGUUCACAGAAGAAUCAUUGGGACGCCACGCUUUACUUCUCCGUUCACGUCAGGGAGAACAGGUUAGGGAAGAAAUCUCUGGGAAAAAACACUCAGAGUCAUCUAAUACCUCCGAUAAAUUUGGGUUCAUAAAAUGCGCCCUUGUAAUUUUACUUAUUUUAAUGAUCUUAUCAUUUCGUAUUCUUCCUGGCUUUUCCAGCAGUGAAAAGAGAUUCAUUUAA